UGGCAACACUGUCUAGUCCGCGUCUACGAAUAAUUUCUGAGAGGUCGUCAAUGACUUUGCGAUUAUACAAAAUUACAAAGAAAAAGUGUCGUCGUUUUAGUGCGCGUUUACUGUUUAUCUAGCUCGUUUUUUAUAGUGUAAGCAUAUAAAUAUAAAUAACAUGGCUGGAGCGAUGUUGUUCGAGAGAUCACGCGUGUCAUCGUCGACGAACAGAGACGAAGACGUCCGCAUGACCGACAAAAUGGUUAGCACUGGUGAGGUACCCGAGGAUGACGAAGAAAACAUAAGGGCCAAAGAACAAGGCAUCCUGAAUCUUGGCGAGAAGUACAAGAAGGAAGGCAAGGCUAAGGAAUUAGCAGAAUUGAUAAAGGCAACCAGACCAUUCCUGAGCCUCAUCAGUAAAGCGAAAGCUGCCAAGUUGGUGCGCUCGUUGGUUGAUUUCUUCUUGGAUCUGGAAGCUGGUAUCGGUAUUGAGGUGCAACUGUGUAAAGAAUGUAUAGAAUGGGCCAAAGAAGAACGCCGCACGUUCCUACGUCAGAGUCUGGAAGCCAGACUAAUCGCCUUGUAUUUCGAUACUGGAAUGUAUACAGAAGCCUUAGACUUGGCCACAGCAUUGCUCAAGGAACUCAAGAAGUUAGAUGAUAAAAACUUGUUGGUAGAAGUUCUCUUGCUGGAAAGUAAAACCUAUCAUGCACUCAGCAACCUGCCUAAAGCCCGUGCCUCACUAACAUCAGCUAGAACAACUGCAAAUGCCAUCUACUGCCCCCCUAAAAUGCAAGCCGCCCUUGACCUACAAUCUGGUAUUCUUCAUGCAGCAGAUGAGCGCGAUUUUAAAACAGCAUAUUCAUAUUUUUAUGAAGCAUUUGAAGGUUAUGAUGGAGCUGAUAGUCCUAAAGCCCUGACAGCUUUGAAGUACAUGUUGCUGUCUAAAAUCAUGUUGAACCAGGCUGAAGAGGUUGGUACUGUGUGUGGUAGUAAGGCAGCCUUGAAAUAUGCAGGGAAAGAGUUGGAAGCAAUGCGAGCCGUUGCCACUGCUUCUCACAAGAGAUCACUUGCAGAUUUCCAAGCAGCACUUAAAACUUACAAACCAGAAUUGGAAGAAGAUGCAGUGGUUCGUGCCCAUCUUGGUGCCCUAUACGAUACGAUGUUGGAGCAGAAUUUAUGUAGAAUUGUUGAGCCUUACAUGCGAGUGCAAGUAGAACAUGUUGCCCGUUGUAUCCGUCUGCCAGUAGUACAAGUUGAGAAGAAACUUUCCCAAAUGAUUUUGGAUAAGAAAUUGAAUGGAAUUUUAGAUCAAGGAGAAGGAGUCCUGAUUGUGUUUGAUGAGUCCCCCCUGGAGAAGACCUACGAGACUGUACUUGAAACCAUCCACCAUAUGAGCAAGGUUGUUGAUACUCUAUACCAGAAAGCCAAGAAACUAUCAUAGACUUUUGUGUAAAUUUGUUGUAGCAUUAAAAGUAUAAUGUAUAUCAAAGUAACCAUAAAUUUUCAGUUCAAAUAUUUGUAAAUGGAGCCUAUUUUUUGAGACAAUGCAAAAUUCAUUAUUUUUACUGCAAUUUAAGUUAAAUAGUGACAUGGAAGUAUCUUUAAAAAAAAAUAGAAAAAGUUGUAGAAAUCGGGGAAUGUAGCUUCAGUGGUGGCUGAAGCCCAUGCAUCA